UAUCUAAUCAUCAUGAAUAGGAGGGUAUGUGUUCUUAUGCUGCUGGUGGCCUGGACUGGAGGCUUUCUGCACUCGUUGGUUCAAUUCUUCUUUAUUUAUCAGCUCCCUUUCUGUGGCCCCAAUGUCAUUGACAACUUCUUGUGUGAUAUGUAUCCCUUAUUGAAACUUGCUUGCACCAAUACCUCCCUCAUUGGGAUUUCUAUGAUAGCUAAUGGAGGAGCCAUUUGCAUUGUCAUCUUCUUCAUUCUCCUAGUUUCCUAUGCAGUCAUAUUACGCUCUCUUAAGACUCAUGGUUUGGAAGAGAAACGCAAAGCCUUCUACACCUGUGCAUCCCAUAUAACUGUGGUCAUUUUAUUCUUUGCUCCCUGUAUCUUCCUGUAUGCAAGGGCUAAUUCUACCUUUCCUAUUGAUAAAUUCAUGACUGUGGUUUUAACAUUCAUAACCCCCAUGCUGAACCCUUUAAUCUAUACCCUGAGAAAUAAAGAAAUAAAAAAUGCCAUGAGGAAGCUUUGGAGUAAAAAUCUGACCUUUGCUGGAGGAAGGUUGUACUGCUCGUGCAGAACAUGA